AUGUAUCUUUUACAGAUUGGUGGUGUAGGAGCAGGCGAAACCAGAGCUUCUCCAGCAGUUUCAUUAUCGUCAGCAUCAACGGCAUAUAGCUAUGACCGUGGCACAACACAAGCUGUUAGUAGAGGCGGCCAGCGAAUAACAUUUGUGCGAGUGCCUGCAGUAAGUGGCAUUAAUUAUCACAUUUAUUAUAUUAAAGGAUAUUUUGCUGAGGAAUUUGAGCCAUCCCCUCAACAUGCUGUUACCGAACAACAACACGGCACAUGUUCGUUUCUUGGUUCACAUCUUCCUGCACGAGGAAUGACCAUGAUGAAUCAGACUGGUGCUUCUGGAGCACAGCCCUCGCCCGAACCAACAUCGUUGCGUACCACACAUUUCAGACCUGCGGGAUAUCCUCGUGGUGAGCGGCUAACCGUACAGCCUUCUGUGAGGCGAGUACCGAUUGGUGGUGGCAUGCCGGGCGACCAGUUCGCUGGAACAUCUGCUCAACAAACAAGCAACGAGUAUCGCUUAUUAGCAGAACCCGAAUUAUCGCCUGUGGUUUCAGCUUCAGCUGGAAGCGGGUCUCAAAUCGCAAGCGUGUCACGGCCAGCUGUGACAAUACAACCACGGCAAGGUAUGUCGACAGUGGUGCAUCCCGUCGUCGAGCCUCAGUCACUGUCGCGUGAAGGAUUUGGUGGUCCUGAGUCGAGGGUAGGUCGACAUUUUCGAUAA